AAUGACAGCAUUCCUCUUCCUCUUCCCUACAUCAACUGGUGAGAUCUAUGGUGAUGAUGGAAACAGAAGGCAACCACACGCAUCUUACCAACUUCAUCUUAAUGGGUUUCACGACAGAUCCACUCCUGAGGAUCCUCUUCUUUGUGCUGUUCUUGGUCUCAUACACUCUCACAUUGACUGGAAACCUGGGUCUCAUCACACUGAUCUACCUAGAUUCCCGCUUGCACACACCCAUGUAUUUCUUUGUGGGCAGCCUUUCCUUCCUGGAUGUCUGGUACUCCUCCGUCUACACUCCCCGGAUCCUGUACGACUGUGUGUCUGAGAACCAUGUCAUAAGCCUGGCAGGCUGUGCAGCGCAGUUCUUCUUCUCAGCUGGCUUGGCCUACAGUGAAUGCUUCCUGCUAGCUGCCAUGGCCUAUGACCGCUAUGUGGCCAUCUGCAAACCACUUCUGUAUAACAUUGCUAUGCCUAAGAAGCUCUGCACCCAGUUGGUCAUUGGGUCUUAUGUAGCUGGCUUUGCUAAUGCUAUUGUACAUGCAGGUAACACUUUCCGGCUAGGCUUUUGUGGGAGCAACAUUAUCAACCACUACUUUUGUGAUGUGCCACCACUUGUGAAGAUGGCCUGUAAGGAUACCCGGGUCUAUGAAAUCAUCUUGGUUGCAGUCAUUGGUUGCAAUGUGCUGGCAACCACUGCCCUCAUCCUGGGCUGCUACGCAGGCAUUGUGGCAGCCAUCAUACGCAUCCGCUCAGCUGCAGGGUGGCGCAAGGCCUUCUCCACUUGCUCUGCCCACCUACUCUCUGUCUCCCUCUACUAUGGCUCCCUACUCUUCAUGUAUUCCCGACCAAGCUCACAGCACACUCCAAAUGGGGACAAGGUAAAUGCUCUUUUCUGCACUGUGAUCAACCCCUUGGUCAACCCCUUCAUUUACAGCUUGCGCAACAAAGAUGUGAAGGCAGCCUUCAAGAAAGUCCUUGGGAGAUUCAUAGCACCCAAAUGA